AAGCUAAAGAAGAAACUAAUAUCGCCGAAAAAGAAAUGGUUAAAAUUAACAAUGAUUUGCUUCAGAAACAUAAGGAACUAGAGAAGGAACUUCAUGAAAAGGAACUCCUUCUCAAAAAAUUAAAGAAACUGGAGAACCAAAAAACGCUGCUAUCCAGAGAAAUGGAAGACCUCCAGGUAUUGCUCCAGGAAUACUGUGACUCAGAACAGUACAGUGAUGAAGAACGUGAGGCUAUUGCUAAUUUACAGAAACAAGUUGAACAACAGAAACAAGAGUGGGAGUCACAAAAGGAAAAUUUAGCCAAUGAAAAGGAGUUAGCAAUUCGUGCAGCAAAAUUUGCUACACAGAAGCUAUUAGACACCGUAUCUGACUUCCAAAAGCAAGUGGAUACCCAAAAGAAAGUCCAAAAUAUGUUAACUAAAAUGUUACAUGAUAAAGAAGAGGAAUUAAAGAUUGUUAAAUCCAAAAUAUUUUCUAUAAAUUCAAUCACGAGUGAUUUAGAAGUCGAUGUUCCAGUAAAUGAAAUAUUCAAAAGGAAUAAUGGAAUCAGUCUAUCAAACCCAGCUACUACGUCAUCAUUUCAUACUUCUUACUCUAAUGGCUCAAGAUGUGUAUUAAAACAAAAUUAUGAAGAACCUGACAUUAACCCCAAAAUAUUAAAACAAUCAGAUGAGUUGCCUGUAUAGGUUUGAUAUAAUUCGUGAAAUAUUUUACUUUAAAUAAGUACAUCCAAAAUAAUUUUUUUUAUAUGCUUAUUGUAUUUUUGAUUUAUACUGAUCAUACUUCACAUAAACUAUAAUUCUGCUAUGCCCAAAAGUAACAAGAUGAAGAUAUCCAUAUUACUCCUUUAUUUGUUAAUUAGUGGUGUAAUAUCGGCAUACACAAAUAAAGUUGUC